UGCAAUCGAUAUAUCGGUAUGCGAAAAGCAACAGCUGUCUGCUAACACGUUUUUCGUUUUGUUUACAUCAAAAGUAGAAUAAAAUGAAGCCGAAAACACAAAAAUCGCAGGGAAUACCGAGUAAAAAGCCCACGGUUAGCCAUGCCAAGGCGACGCAAUGGCAAAAGCCAAACUAUAAGCAGAAGGGCAAGCCGAAACCUAAAACAGAUAAACCCAACAAGCCCGAGAUCCGCCAAAUGAUCCGUAAGCAGAAUGCGGCCAAAGCCGAGGCUGAGCGCCAACAGGUGCGGGCCGAGAAGGAGGCCCGCAUCAAGGCCUACAAGAAGCAGCGACUCGAGAAGACCAAGGCAAUCAGCAAGCGCACCCAGCGCGGCCAGCCUUUGAUGAAGGAUCGCAUGCAGCUGCUGCUCAAACAGAUCGAGGAGAUGAAGAAACGCUAACACCUCAUCUCAUUACGCGCCUGACUGGAUAUCCACAUUGGCUAGGAUCGGAAUCACUCGCUUUGGAUGUUAGUCGCGCCUUAACUUAAGCAUAGCCUUAGCUUCUUAGUAUAAUGAUGCUCAGUGCACAGAGUUAGUCGAUUUAUGGAUGAUUACGGAUACCAUUAUAUGGUUGGAACAUCCAAAUAUGUUAUUAUAGAUUCUUUCAAAGUUAAAGAUUCAUCUGAAAGCUUAGCAAACCAUUACACAUAAAGCUAAAAUGUAAGAUACUGUAAAUAUAAGCAUCGUAUUGUAGUCGUUUAUGUUUUGUAUCCCUAUAAAAUUCUUUUAUUUUGAUUUAUGUAA